AUGCUCAGGCAGGCUGGUACUUCAGUCUAUACGUCACUAGUGGUACAGGAUGAGAACUCCUCUCAGCUUCCCUACGGAAAAGCUCUCUACGCUUAUGAAGGCAAAGAACCUGGUGACCUCAAGUUUAACAAAGGAGACAUUAUUAUACUGCGACGAAAAGUAGACGAGAAUUGGUAUCACGGGGAACUGAAUGGAAAUCAUGGCUUUUUCCCAGCAAGCUAUAUCCAGUGUGUCAAGCCCCUCCCACCAGCUCCACCUCAGGGCAAAGCACUUUAUGACUUUGAAAUAAAGGACAAGGAUCAAGACAAGGACUGUUUGACCUUCACCAAGGAUGAAAUUUUGACUGUCAUCAGGAGAGUAGAUGAUAAUUGGGCGGAAGGAAUGCUGGGAGAUAAGAUUGGAAUAUUUCCUAUCCUCUAUGUAGAGCUCAACGACUCAGCUAAACACCUUAUUGAGAUGGACAAGACCAAUCUAACUUCCGCAUCUGGCAGUGAUGUCCCUUUGCCAGCUGACACUAACCUGGCAGUAAACACGGUCCAGUGCUGUACAUUGAACAGUGCCGGAGCAGUCAGUGCCAUUCAGAGGCACAUUGAUGGCAAGAAGAAUGCCAAGAAGCGCCACUCCUUCACUGCUCUCAGUAUGACACACAAAUCUUCUCAGGCCAUGAAUAACAGGCAUUCCAUGGAAAUUAGUGCCCCUGUCCUCAUCAGCUCAAGUGACCCCCGUGCUGCUGCCAGAAUUGGAGAUGUGACUCAUCUCUCAUCCAGCGCUCCAGUCCAGGAUUCUACUUUCGCUGGAACUGCAACCAUGACUGGACCCAGAACAAGUGCAAUCAUUGGAGAUCAGGGAACACCAUCAAAGGUCCAACUGCCCCUCAACAUCUACUUGGCAUUAUAUGCAUACAAGCCCCAGAAGACGGAUGAACUGGAACUACGCAAGGGUGAAAUGUAUCGCGUUAUUGAGAAGUGUCAGGAUGGCUGGUUCAAAGGGACGUCUUUGAGAAACGGCAUGUCUGGAGUCUUUCCAGGCAACUACGUAACUCCUGUUUCGAGGGUUCCUGCCGGAGCUGGUCAGCCGAGGAAUUUGGCAGGAGGGUCUCCCACAGCCAAAGGCUCUCCUGGAGCUGUCCACCCAGGUAGCCCAGCUCUUACAAACACCGCUGCCGUUGUGAGGCCAGCUGUUCCAAUCACUGCUCCGCCCACUCAGCCCCAGCUGCCAACAGCAUCUCCGCAGAUGAAUAAUUGCUCAAGGUAUUCCUCUCAGCAGACAGGCAUCCAGCCCCGCAGUUCUGUACAAAUGGUUGUUCACCCUUCUGUGCAGGCACAGGACCGGCCCACUGCUACAGUCUCACCACUAAGAACCCAGAACUCCCCAUCCCGCCUCCCAAGCACUGUGGUCAGGCCACACUCUGUGGUUUCUCCGCAACACAUCCACCACUCCCCUGUGCACAUCAUCCCCGGAGCACAGUGUGCCAGGCCCAUGAUUCCCCUCACGUCGGCGGCGGCAGCGAUUACUCCUCCCAACGUCACUGCAGUCAACCUGAAUGGAGAAGCAGGAAACGGGCCCAUCAGUAGCCUGGCAACUUGCAGCCCAACCAACGCAGCCUGCAAAGCAGAAGAAAGGAAAAACGAAAAGAAAGAAAAGAAAAGUGGGCUGCUGAAGCUUCUAGCAGGAGCAUCCACAAAGAAGAAGUCCCGCUCUCCUCCGUCAAUGUCCCCAACACAUGACCCUCUGGCAGUGAUGGAAGGGAUGCUGCAGGGUGCUAUGGGACCUGAACUAUGCUCUCUCUCUAGCCAUGGCAGGGCAGGCUCAUGCCCAAUUGAGAGUGAAAUGCAAGGAGCAAUGGAGAUGGAGCCUCUGCACAGAAAGACAGGCUCUUUGGAUUUGAAUUUUCCUAUUCCUUCUCCCAUAAGGCAGCUUCCGCCUUCAAUGGCAGCCAUCCGUCCAGAACCUAAGCCAUUGUCUCGAGAAAGGUAUCGUGUUGUGGUCCCCUAUCCCCCACAAAGCGAAGCCGAGAUUGAACUGAAAGAAGGCGACAUCGUGUUUGUCCACAAGAAAAGGGAGGACGGCUGGUACAAAGGGACAUUGCAGAGGAACGGCAGGUCAGGCCUCUUCCCUGGGAGCUUUGUGGAGAGCUUCUGAGGGCUUGAGCUCCACACUUUUUGGACUCGAAGGACCUUUCACAGGAAAUUCCAUAGCACAAAAGAAAGAGAGAAAGAAAGAAAGAAAGAAAGAAAGAAAGAAAGAAAGAAAGAAAGAAAGAAAGAGCGAAGGGAAACUUUCCUAAUAUCCACUGCCAUAAUAAGAACUGUAAUUAUUAUUUCCAAAGACUCCGCAGGCUCUUUGAUAUUCAGCCCAGGAGAUGAGGUCUCUUGCUGUGCUUUCAAACCCACGUACGGUACAUACAAGCAGUAUUGCUGUAGUCGUGCCUUCCACUCAGAAUCGAAGACUGAGAGGACACACAUUCGGGUUGUAUCUUAAGCUAAAAUCCAGCCGCCACACCUUGUGUAAAUGAUAAAGUAUGUUUU